AUGUUACAUUUAGUUGGAGACAGCCGCUUCAGUCGGAUUGUUCAGAGUCAAGGAAAUGAUGUCUCACUCGACAAAUCUGCAUGCAGUCCCGCAACCUUAAAGUCGAAUCUUAAGAGAUCAGCUGAUGCUGAAGAGGACGAAGGCACUAUUAUUGAUUCGGCUUCUUCCCUUAAGAUUGCCAGAUAUCUUCCGCCCUCGUUACCCGCACAAUUCGAUACUUCUGCCCCAGGACAAUCUUCAUCGUCGACUAGUAAACCCGGGCCAUUUACCCUCCCUCCCGUGCCUCCUGGUACCCCUGACUUUAUGGCUGGAAUUCAUCGCGUCACCACCUUAGACCAGCGCUCCGUGGAAUCGCAUGAAGCACGAGAGCUUGGUUUCCGGUUGUGCCGCUUUGGAGGAUGCCGGUACUCUUCUGAUGGUUCCCACGACCUCGUUUCCGCCCUUGCUCAGGACGGUGAUGGUGAGGAUGAGCAGGAUGAGGAUGAUGAUAGAGAAGAGAGUAAGGGGAAACAGUCAGGUUUGACCGAGUCCAAAUCAUCUGAAGAAGCGUCAGUCCUUGAGCAAAGACAAUCAAAUGCUCUCGGCUCUGAGGACAAUUCUGGCCAGCAAGACUGGUCAAAAGCAGCUCCUGGCCAUGCUUCUCUUGCUCGCGGCGAGUUUCCGUUUACUGUGAAAUGGCGAAAGCUACCACUUCACUUUCUCGGAAGUCAGCCAGUCUCAAUGUCAUUUGAUAAUCUUGGUCUUCUACAGGAUAAGCCAUACCACGUUUCCUAUAAGGCUGAUGGAACACGCUACUUGUUGCUGAUUGCUCGUCCGAGACGCGUGUAUUUGAUUGACAGAUGCAAUUUUGUUUACAGGCCUGAAAAGUUGCAUUUCCCUACUAUGAAUUGGGUUAAUCGCGUCAAAGAUAACCCUCCUGCAUCAGGAGAUGAGCCAGAUUACUUGACUACGCCGGGUGGCCACCUAAUUGACACUCUUUUGGAUGGUGAACUCUGUCUCUUUCACGAGCCGAAUUCUCCAGAACCCGUACCCCGCUUCCUUAUCUAUGAUGCCAUCACAAUCAACGGCUAUCCCGUCGGCAAGUUUGAGUUUGCUCGUCGCUACUCUUCAAUUAUCGAGCAUGUAAUCUGUCCCCGUAACACCGCAGUUCAACUUGGCCUUUUCGACAUGCCAGCCCAAUCGUUUUCAGUCCGAAGAAAAGAAUUCUUUCCAUUGGCGUGCUUAAAAGAUGUACGUGUUUUGCUCAGAAAACUUUUUCUUCUACUUUGGUCCUUCGCCUCUUGGCUUUUCACUAGUGUCUCAUUUUUAUGA